AUGGAAAUACAACCUGCAGAAUUAGCGAAAAGUAUAAUUGAAUUAUACGAAAAAUUACCAGAGAACGAAAGACUUCUCGUUGCUAUAGCUGGUCCACCUGGAUCAGGUAAAUCUACACUGGCUUAUCCCCUUACGGACGCUUUGAACACUGUUCUACUCCGACAUCCACCUUCUAAUCCGUCUCAUAGGGAAGGAUCUCCAUCGUUGAGACUAGCUGAACAAGAUGAAAAUCAAGGUGGGAAUGACGAAAUCGCGAUUUGCGUAGGACUUGACGGAUGGCAUUAUAGCAGGAAAGAAUUAGAUGGCUUUGAUGACCCGAAAGAAGCUCAUUGGAGAAGAGGAGCACCAUUCACAUUCAACCUUUCAUCGUAUUCCAAUUUCCUCAAAUCAUUACGUCAACCGAUUUCAUCCACUACUUUCACUUCAUCCUCAAUCCCUUUCCCAACUUUUGAUCACGCAAUAAAAGAUCCGUCUAUAUCUCCUAUUCCAAUCUCACCUCGACAUCGGAUCAUCCUAGUUGAAGGACUACAUUGUUUACGGAACUCGGACGGUUGGAGAGAUACUGCUGAAAUGUACGACUUGAAAGUUUUCGUCGCCGUUGAUAAAGACGAGGCUAGGAAAAGAGUUUUGAAGAGGAAUUUCGAAGCUGGUAUAUUCACUGACUAUAAAGCAUGUGAAGAAAGAGUCGAUGCAGUAGAUAUGGUUAAUGGAGAAGGAGUUUGUACAGACAGAGUGGAUCCAGAUUAUAUCAUAACUUCAAUCGAAGAUCAUCCAUUCUCAAAAGAAGCUUUCGCAGCUUUAUCAGGUUGA